AUGAGUUCCAAGCAGCUCGUCGUCAGCACGCGUCGCCCGCGGGCCUCCGAAUCCGCCCUCAUCACCACCAACUUCCGUGGCAACGGCCGUGCCGUCGCGAACCUGCACUCUCCUCCCCCCGACUCCUCCACCACCCUCAUCCGCGGGCCCUCCCAUCGCCGCACCGGCAGCACCCUCAAGACCGUCAUGCGCAAGAUCUUCACCCGCAAGCCCCGCGACGACGACUCCGCCCAUUCCCGGUCUGACAACCGCAGCCCGCGAUCCGACAAGUCCCUCGACAAGGCCCUCGACAAGCCCUUCCCCCUGUCCAACUCCCUCAAUGCGAAGCCCUCCCCACCAGACUCCACCACGCCCACCUCGUGGGAGGAGGCCCUGAAGAAGCUCGAACCGCAUCCGCGCCGCCGCCGGGCCACCCUGCCCAGCCUGAUCUUCUCGGACGAGGAGUCCCGCGUCGCCCUGGAGGGCCUGGUCAACUCAGGCCGCCCGAUCAGCAAGCGCGACAACAGUCCCCACGCGAACAGCGACCCGGACGACGUACGUCGGCGCGAGCUGCGGCAGAUCAAGCGUCGUUCACGGAGCGCCACCGCGCUGCGCGGCAUGGCCAAGGACCAUCUGAUGUCGCCAAUCCAAUGGCGACGACGAAGUCUAGAGUCGUGCGCAGCGUCAACAACCUUCGGGGCAGCCUCCGAGGCCGAGUUGGAACGUCCCCCGACGCGGACCACCGUCGCCAGCGCCCCCAAGCCCACAACCCGGCCGUCGUUCCUGGAGGACGACGAAGACGAAAAGGACGAGCCCGAGCUUGAGGCCCCAGACACCGACACCUACCAAAACGUCAGCGACCUCGUCAACUCGAUGCAGCACGACGAGAACGUGACCCUCGAGCAGCGUCUCACCACCCUGGAGGUGAAGAUGAUCGACCUCGAGUUCGCCAUCGCACGCAUGCAAAGCGGCCGCGAGUCGCCCGUCGAGCCGAAGAAAACUUCCCCGACCACAGCAACCCGCCACAAGCGCAAGAAAUCGGCCGUGCCGUCCGAGACUCGCGCAAAGUCGCCCACCGAUCGCCCGGAGAGCACGAGCACCCUCCGUCCCAGCCCGCUCUAUCGCUCGCGCACGCUGCAGGCCCCCUCGUCCACCUCGCUGCACGAAUGCAACAGCAUCUCCGUGGAGCAGUACAGCGCGCUGGUCAUGCUGCUCCGCCGCGAGCAGAACGCGCGCCGCGACCUCGAACACCAAGUCACCAGUCUCCGGGACGACAUUCAGCAGCUGCAGCAGAUGGCGCGGGACUCCAUGGGCCUGCCCACCAGUCCAGGGAGUGGAACCAUGUACCCGAUCCGCAGCAUGGACUCGCAGGACAUCGUCCGUCUGCGACAAGCCCUGGGUCCGUCCCCGACAGAGACCUCCCGCACCGAGCGCAUCGAGAGCGAUGACGAACGCCCCGAACUGCCCCCGAAGGAGGGCGGAUACCAGCCGCGAUGGCCAUCUUCGCGCCGGGUCGAGGUCAGCGGGAUGAUCUGA